ACCAGGAGAAGAGGGAGAAGGAGGCUAUGAGAAAUAACAAUGAAUCUCUCCAAUACCAAAUUCAGGACAUUCAGGAAAUGCUCCGUAUUGAAAGGAACGAGAACGAAAAGAUGCAUCUCACAGCUGUUGGAAAAGAGAAAGCACUUAUCCAAGAGCUGGAUGAAAUGAAAGAGAUGACCUCUGUCCAUGAUAUCCAGCUUCAGAAAAUGCUCCAGAUAGAAUGGGACAAGAAGGAAGAGAUGCGUCUCAAAGCCUGUGAGAUGGAGGGUAAACUUUCCCAGGAGACGGAGGCUUUGAGAAAUAACAAUGAAUCUCUCCAACACCAAAUUCAGGACCUUCAGGAAAUGCUCCGGAUAGAAAAACAGCAGAAGGAAGAUAUGCGUCUCAAAGCCUGUGAGAUGGAGCGUGAACUUUACCAGGAGAAGAGGGAGAAGGAGGCUAUGAGAAAUAACAAUGAAUCUCUCCAAUACCAAAUUCAGGACAUUCAGGAAAUGCUCCGUAUUGAAAGGAACGAGAACGAAAAGAUGCAUCUCACAGCUGUUGGAAAAGAGAAAGCACUUAUCCAAGAGCUGGAUGAAAUGAAAGAGAUGACCUCUGUCCAUGAUAUCCAGCUUCAGAAAAUGCUCCAGAUAGAAUGGGACAAGAAGGAAGAGAUGCAUCUCAAAGCCUGUGAGAUGGAGGGUAAACUUUCCCAGGAGACGGAGGCUUUGAGAAAUAACAAUGAAUCUCUCCAACACCAAAUUCAGGACCUUCAGGAAAUGCUCCGGAUAGAAAAACAGCAGAAGGAAGAUAUGCGUCUCAAAGCCUGUGAGAUGGAGCGUGAACUUUACCAGGAGAAGAGGGAGAAGGAGGCUAUGAGAAAUAACAAUGAAUCUCUCCAAUACCAAAUUCAGGACAUUCAGGAAAUGCUCCGUAUUGAAAGGAACGAGAACGAAAAGAUGCAUCUCACAGCUGUUGGAAAAGAGAAAGCACUUAUCCAAGAGCUGGAUGAAAUGAAAGAGAUGACCUCUGUCCAUGAUAUCCAGCUUCAGAAAAUGCUCCAGAUAGAAUGGGACAAGAAGGAAGAGAUGCGACUCAAAGCCUGUGAGAUGGAGAGUACACUUUCCCAGGAGACGGAGGCUUUGAGAAAUAACAAUGAAUCUCUCCAACACCAAAUUCAGGACCUUCAGGAAAUGCUCCGGAUAGAAAAACAGCAGAAGGAAGAUAUGCGUCUCAAAGCCUGUGAGAUGGAGCGUGAACUUUACCAGGAGAAGAGGGAGAAGGAGGCUAUGAGAAAUAACAAUGAAUCUCUCCAAUACCAAAUUCAGGACAUUCAGGAAAUGCUCCGUAUUGAAAGGAACGAGAACGAAAAGAUGCAUCUCACAGCUGUUGGAAAAGAGAAAGCACUUAUCCAAGAGCUGGAUGAAAUGAAAGAGAUGACCUCUGUCCAUGAUAUCCAGCUUCAGAAAAUGCUCCAGAUAGAAUGGGACAAGAAGGAAGAGAUGCGUCUCAAAGCCUGUGAGAUGGAGGGUAAACUUUCCCAGGAGACGGAGGCUUUGAGAAAUAACAAUGAAUCUCUCCAACACCAAAUUCAGGACCUUCAGGAAAUGCUCCGGAUAGAAAAACAGCAGAAGGAAGAUAUGCGUCUCAAAGCCUGUGAGAUGGAGCGUGAACUUUACCAGGAGAAGAGGGACAAGGAGGCUAUGAGAAAUAACAAUGAAUCUCUCCAAUACCAAAUUCAGGACAUUCAGGAAAUGCUCCGUAUUGAAAGGAACGAGAACGAAAAGAUGCAUCUCACAGCUGUUGGAAAAGAGAAAGCACUUAUCCAAGAGCUGGAUGAAAUGAAAGAGAUGACCUCUGUCCAUGAUAUCCAGCUUCAGAAAAUGCUCCAGAUAGAAUGGGACAAGAAGGAAGAGAUGCGACUCAAAGCCUGUGAGAUGGAGAGUACACUUUCCCAGGAGACGGAGGCUUUGAGAAAUAACAAUGAAUCUCUCCAACACCAAAUUCAGGACCUUCAGGAAAUGCUCCGGAUAGAAAAACAGCAGAAGGAAGAUAUGCGUCUCAAAGCCUGUGAGAUGGAGCGUGAACUUUACCAGGAGAAGAGGGAAAAGGAGGCUAUGAGAAAUAACAAUGAAUCUCUCCAAUACCAAAUUCAGGACAUUCAGGAAAUGCUCCGUAUUGAAAGGAACGAGAACGAAAAGAUGCAUCUCACAGCUGUUGGAAAAGAGAAAGCACUUAUCCAAGAGCUGGAUGAAAUGAAAGAGAUGACCUCUGUCCAUGAUAUCCAGCUUCAGGAAAUGCUCCAGAUAGAAUGGGACAAGAAGGAAGAGAUGCGUCUCAAAGCCUGUGAGAUGGAGAGUACACUUUCCCAGGAGAAGGAGGCUAUGAGAAGAACCAGUGAAUCUCUCCAACACCAAAUUCAGGACCUUCAGGAAAUGCUCCAGCUCGAAAGGAACAAGAAUGAAGAGAUGCAUCUCACAGCUGUUGGAAAAGAGAAAGCACUUCUCCAAGAGCUGGAUGAAAUGAAAGAGAUGACCUCUGUCCAUGAUAUCCAGUUUCAGGAAAUGCUCCAGAAAGAAAAGGACCAGAAGGAAGAGAUGCAUCUCAAAGCCUGUGAGAUGAAGAGUGCACUUUCCCAGGAGAUGGACGCUAUGCAACAAAACAAUGAAUCUCUCCAACACCAAAUUCAGGACCUUCAGGAAAUACUCCGGAUAGUAAAACACCAGAAAGAAGAGAUGCGUCUCAAAGCCUGUGAGAUGGAGAGUGCACUCUCCCAGGAGAAGGAGGAGAAGGAGGCUAUGGCACAAACCAAUGAAGCCCUCAAACUAAAGCUUCAGGAGCUUAAACAAAUACUGAAAGACGUAAAUGAAGACAUACGUCAAAUCAACGAGGCAGAUGUAAAUGAUGGGCUGAUGGUUUGGGUCAUGGACUCGCUGGGAUGGGGAUCACAUAGGCCCCCCUUAAGGCAGCGCGGUUCUCAGCAGUAA